AUGAGCAGCUCCUCUCCACCCAGCCUCUUUGAUCUGGCAAAGCAGAGUCUAAUGAAAGAUGAGGUGUGGGCCAAACAUGCUCUGCAGUCUGUACCUCUGAGCCUCAUCCGUCCAUUAAUAAGAGAGGUCGGCUCCAGCAGGAACAGCAUGGGUUUGAACGCCGUGAUGUGGGCCUGGCCCGUCCUCCGCCCGCCUCUGAGGACUUGGAAGUUGGAAUUCAUGAGAAACCCAACAACUUAUGCAGUCUUGGAAAAGAUCCUGCAAAACGUUCAUCUUGAUCAUCUCCAGGAGCUAGAAUUCAACCACAGCCUGAAGCUUCAGGAUCUGCAUAGCGUUUUUCCUAUCCUGGGGCAGAUGGUUCAUCUGAACACAUUCCAACUCUGUCCAGUUAUCGGGCAUCCCUGUGUUACUCAGGCUAAACAGGAGAUGGACAAUGCCUACCCUAGACGUAUGUCUCAGUUCCUCCAUCUACACCAGUUCAAGCAUAUCUUCUUGUCUUCUGUGUUUUACCUGGAAGGACACAUGGGCCAGAUCCUCAGGUACCUGGAAACCCCCUUACUGAGCUGGUGCCCCUGUACAAGCCGCCUAAAAUGCCUUUAUUUGAAUUAUGUCAUCUUGAUCGACUUCAAUUCUGAAUUGCUCAGAGUUCUGCUAGAAAGAGUCUCAGCCACUCUGGAAUACCUGGAUUUAGAUGGGUGUAGCAUAUCUGACUCCCAACUCACUGCUCUGCUGCCCUCCCUGAGCUUCUGCUCUCAGCUCCAGUACUUGGAUUUCUGCGGCCUGGAGAACCUGCUGAGACAGACACUCCCACCCAACCAGACCAGGUACCUGUUGCUUCCUCUCCUUCUGGAGUGUUACAGGGGUCUCUAUUGUGGUGUCCACAGGAGGAGCCUUUAG